ACCAACAAAGACACAGCGAACGCCAUUAAAGAAAUUUUGGAAAAGAGCACCCCCAGGCUUGUUUCUGUUUCUAAGAAUUCAUUCCAGAACCUGAAAGUCAUCAAGAAGAACAUGGAUGCCAUCAAGCUGGCCAAAGCCAACCCUCACCUAGCUAAUAAUGCCAAGCGUCUCAUGACAACAGGGACAGUGUCAGCCCAAAAAACAAAACAGGUGCAGAAAGCCUUUGGAGGCACUGCUCUGGCAAUGACCAAAAGAGCCAGAAUCAUGGGUGCAGCCACAGCAGGCCUCUCCCUUGUGUUGGAUGUGGUCAGCCUUGUGGAAGACUCAAAGCAUUUGCAUGAGGGAGCGAAGGCUGAGUCUGCUGCAGAGCUGCGGAAGCAGGCUCGGGACCUGGAGCAGAAGUUGCAGGAACUCAUCCAGGUCCAUGACAGCCUGACUCAGUAA